UCAUAACGUAUUUCGCUUGCAUUAUGAAAUUUAAGUGUUAUUUUAAAGAAUUUUAUUAGUACAGUUCUUGUAUUUUCCCUGGACGAAUUUGGGGAUCCAGAAUCCAAAAGCCGAAGAACAGAAAGGCAGCGAUGAUCGGAUACCUGAAUAAGGCAGUGCGGACGUCGUGCUUCGCCGGCGGCGUAACGGCGUCUCUAUCCAGAAUUUACCUCCUUCAACGGGAUGAAAAGGAAGACCACUGCUCCACGACCCAAACGGUUAAACAAUUCGAAAGAUAUUUUGAUAGGCGUAUUUCUGCGCUGGAAAAACUGAAGGAGACUGAUGCUGAAAAGCAUUAUGAUUUUACUGAAUAGGUAGGUUUUCUCCUUCUCUGGAUUUAGCUGCUAUGCUUAUUAAGGUUUUAGGUUUCUACUUAGUGGAGAUUAAUGGAUUUCAAUGAACCCAUGGGUGUUUGUAAUGAUUUUUCCAUGGUGGAGGCAUCUUUCUUUGUUUGGCGUUUCAUGACAUUGGAACAGUUCUGGAUGUUUCAUCUCAAGUGAGUGCAAAGUUUCUUGACAAAAUCUGGGGUCUUCAGAAGUUUGCUAAAUGAUUACAUACUCAUACUCCCUUAUGAAGAAAAUGGCUUUCUCUAGGAAGUUUUGGCACACAUUUGGAUCUAUUUCCUUUUUGCUUAUGGUUGUCUUUGGUUGCUUACAAAAAAUUGAAAUUGAUAUUUACAUGCACCACCAAAGAGAAACUCUCAUAGGGAAUAAGUGUUAUUUAACUUCUUGAUAGACUCAGGCUUAUCCAUGGGGCAACACCAUUUCGGUGCCACCGCCAUUUGUGACCUUUUUUCUCUCAAAGUUUUCCGGUCCGAAAUAUUUUGGCCCAAUUUUAAAAAAACCUUAAUUUCAGAUUGACGAUACUCAAUCGGUCAAUAAUCUCUCACUCUCCCCAGUCGCUCUUUGCCUUUGAACUUCUUCGCACAUAACUUCGGCAUUGCAAAUUUUCUUCUUCUUUGCUAGUCGUGGCUUGAUAAGGGAUAAAUGUUGCGUGUCGCGCGACUCUGCCCUGGGAACACUGCAACUCUGCCUCUCUGCUACCGGCCCUUCUUUGCGACCUCAUGGACCUCUUAGGCACUGUAAGUAAUAAGCCCCCAAUUACUUCUUUGCGUUCCUGCAUUAGUGUUUUUUUAAAAAAUGUCAUUUACUCUGGCAGUCUGGCCUGGGAACACUGCACCAAGCUCAUUUCAACAACAACAACCCAGUCAGGUCCCACAAAAGUAGGGUCUAGGGAGGGUGUGUGUAUGCCGAUCUUACCCCUACUCGAAACUAUAGAGGUUGUUUCGAAAGAAUUCCCCGACUCAAGCACCACAAGUAAUCAUGUACGCAGUCUUAGCCUUAUGUGGAAAACAUAUAGCGGCUGUUUCCGGAUGACUCGUGAUGAGCGUCAAAAAUUGCUUUGACUAAUUGCUACUUCAGAAGUGCAUACCGUUUAAAGAGCUAUUUUGUUUUACUCCAUACCACUAAGCUAAAAAAUAGUGAAUCUUUGGCUCAACUGGAGAUGAUAAAAAGAUGCACAAAGUUGAUUCCAAAUUGAAAGAAUGACUAGGUGUGCAAACUUUGUGGCCAUAUAAGUAGAGGCGGGAUUACAAGAUUUAAGCAACAUUUGUUAGGGGGCAUCGUAACUCAAACAAAGAGAGGAAACACCCCCUGAUCUAAUUUGAAGUUACUAAGUGAGCUAUUGCUCAUGGAUAAGGUGAAACACCCCCUGAUCUAAUUGUUUACUUUGAUAGUGCUAUGGUUGGUAGUUUGAACUACAGAUUGGUCAUUCUUGAAGCUGAUUCUUGCAAGACAAAGAGAGGAAGAUCCCAAUCAUAGUAGUAAUCCCAUUGCAAGUGCUGGCUAAUACUACCUGGUAGGAAGCAUAACGCAGAGCAUUUCAAAGUUCGAACAUUGCUUCUUCUUCUUUUCUUUUCUCGAAGCAUCUAAUCACAAAAUCAUUUGUACAAAUAGGAACCCAGAUUUCUGUUAUUCUCAGUGAUUAUUACGUUGUGCAUUGACACGAGUGUGGUGUUUCGGUGUUUCCACUGCGGAAACUAAAUUGGAGCACUAGGUAAAAACUGCAGUAAAAAGGUACAGUACACCCAUCCACCACCACUACCACUUGAGAUGAAUGAACAUGUGUGGAACAAAAUGUGUGUGUUUCC